AUGGUUUCUUUCUUUCAUUCAUUCUUUCUUUCAUUCCUACUAUUCUUUCUUUAUUUCUUUUUGUUGUCUGCUAUUCAUUCUUUCUUUGUUCUUUUCGUUCUUUCUUUCUUUCUUUCUUUCUUUCUUUCUUUCUUUCUUUCUUUCUCUCUUUCUUUCUUUCUUUCUUUCUUUCUUUCUCUUUCUUUCUUUCUUUCUUUCUUACUGUUUUCUAUUCUUUACUUGCUUGGUUGUUUGCUUGUUUGUUUGUUUCUUUCUUUUUUUUCCUGCUGUCUUCCAUUUUUCUUUCUUGAUAUCUUCCCUUUCUUUCUUUCUUUCGUUAUUGCUGGCUUGCCUUUUUUCGUUCUUGCUGUCUUCCUUCUUUCUUUCUUUCUUGCUGUUUUCCUUUUUCUUUCUUUAUUGCUGUCUUUUAUUCUCUCUUUCUUUCUUUAUUUCUUCCUUCCAUUCCUCCUUUCUUUUUCCUGUCAUCCAAUCUUUUUUAUUUCCUUCUUUAAUUCUUUAUUUAUAUUAUUCUUUCUUUCUUUUCUUUUGUCUACUUUUGCCCUUUCUUUUUUUUUUCAUUUCUCACUUUAUAUGGUUUCCUUCUUCCAUUUUUUCUUUCUUUCUUUCAUUCCUACUGUUCCUUCUUUCUUUCUUUUUGUUUUCUUCCAUUCAUUCUUUCUUUCUUACUGUCAUCCAUUCUUUCUUUCUUCUUUUCUUUCUUUCUUUCUGUUUUUCUUUCUUUCUUUCGUGCUGCCUUCCAUUAUUUGCUUGCUUGUUUGUUUGUUUUUUCUUUCUUUCUUUCUUUCUUUUCCUGCUGUCUUCCAUUCUUCUUUCUUGAUAUAUUCCCUUCUUUCUUUCUUUAUUGCUGGCUUGGAUUCUUUCUUUCUUUCUUUCUUGCUGUUUUCCUUUUUCUUUCUUUAUUGCUGCCUUUCAUUCUCUCUUUUUUCCUUUAUUUCUUCCUUCCAUUCGUCCUUUCUUUUUUCUGUCAUCUAUUCUUUUUUAUUCCUUCUUUCUUUCUUUCUUUCUUUCUUUAUAUCGUUCUUUCUUUCUGUACUUUUUUCUUCUUCCUAUCCUAUUUUUUUUUCAUUUUUCGGUUUAUAUGUUUUCUUUCUUUCUUUAUUUCUUUACUGCCUUCCAAUUUACUUUCUUUUUUUGUCUUCUAUUCUUUCAUUUUUUUUUCUUUCUCUCUUUCUUUCUCUCUCUCUUUCUUUUCUUUCUUUCUUUCAUCCAUCUAUUCUUUCUUUAUUCGAUUGGUUUUUUUUUGCUGUCUCCUACUCUUUCUUUCUUUAUCUAUUUCGUUCUUUACUUCUUUACUUUUGUCUUCUUCCUCUCUUUUUUUCAUUUUUCGGUUUAUAUUUUUAUUUCUUUCCUUCUUUCUUUCCUUCUUUCUUUCAUUCCUGCUAUUUUCCCUUUUUUUCUUUCUUUUUUGUCUUCUAUUCAUGCUUUCUUGCUUGCUGUCUUCCGUUCUUUCUUUAUUCCUGUCAUCCAUUCUUUCUUUAUUUCUUUUUUUCUUUUUUUCUCUUUCUUGCUGUCUUCUAUUCUUUCUUUCUUUCUUUCUUUUUUUUCUUUCUUUCUUUUUGCUGUUUUACAUUCUUCUUUUUUUUCUUUCUGUCUUUUUCCUUUCCUGGCGUCGUUUUUCUUUCUUUCUCACUGUCCUUCUCGCCUUCUUCCUUUUUCUUUCUUUCUUUAUUUAAAUUGACUGUUCUUUCUUUAUUUCUUUCUUUCUUUAUUCAUUUUAUUUCUUUUCAAACCUUGGCAUUCUUAGUAUUUACUUUUUUUUUCUUUUCAUUUAUUCGGACACGAUUCUCUUUUAUUUACGAUUCCUCUUCUUCUCCUUUUUUAAUAUGUUUCGUCCUGUCAGCAUUUGACACAAUCAAUAAACCCUCGGCUCCUGUUUGA